AUGGCUCGCAGGAGGGCAAUUUCAAUACCGGAAGAUAUUAUAGCAGGGGAAAUUGUCCUGAGGUUGCCGGUGAAAUCCGUAGGGCGAUGCAGAUGCGUUUGUAAACGGUGGCGCUUUCUAUUCUCUGACCCAGACUUUGCUAAAUCUCACAUACAGUCUGCUUCUAAGCAGCAACGACUUGUUUUUCACGUCGGCUAUGAAUUCCAUUCGCAAGACUUGGAGUUGGGAAUGCAGAAAUCUUUGGUCAGAGUGAGUCCUCCGCCGUUCAAGAAUCCCAAGCAUGCUCUCAGCUUUGUAGGCUCCUGCAAUGGGUUGGUAGCCUGUGUAAGUGGUGCUUCCAUUCAAACUUGUCGACGUUUCAGAGAGAUCAGCUUGUUUAUCUGGAACCCAUUAACCGGAUUCUACAGGGAAUUCCUAGGCCAAGGUUUCUAUUCUCUGAUGCGUGGUUUUGGUCAUGUGUCCGGCACUGACGACUAUAAAGUGGUGCAGUUACUAGAUCCUGAACUAAUUAGGGAGAUCCGCGUCUUCUCGUUGAGCUCUCAGACAUGGAAAUCGAUUAAAUGCCCUCUCAAUCUCACGUUUACAACCCUGCAAGUGAAGGGGGUGUUUUUGAAUGAGGCGCUUCAUUGGUUAGCUUAUGAGACUGAUCGCCCUGAUUUAGAUCCACGAAUAGCACCAGUAGUCUUAUUUGUUUUUGAUUUGGCAAAGGAGGAGUUCCGAAAAGUACAAGUGCCUCGUGGUGUUGUUAGAUGCUCAAUGUAUGAUAGGCGUCUGGGAGUUUCUUGUGAAGGAUGCUUGUAUAUAAUGUGCUUUCCAAGAUUUGGUUACCGUUAUCGUGAUCCUCUUCGUGUUGAAUUUUGGGUCAUGAGAGAAUAUGGCAACAUUGGCAACAUUUAUUCUUGGAAUAUAAUUCGUAUAAGGAUUCCCAAUGAGUUUACUCAGAAUAAUCUUGAACCAAUCUUGCUCAUGGAAACUUGUGCAGUUGUGAUGGACAGGUCGAAGAAGAGUCGCCGACUGGUUUCACAGCAGGGGAGUAACAUCCGGAGCAACGAUCGACAGGACAUAUACAUGAUUCACCAUCAUACUCAAAAAGAGAACUUGAAAGUGUACAUUGUUGAGACUGAUCCACCAGAUAUGAUUGUAUAUGAAGAGAGUCUAUUUUCUCUUUGUUAG